AUGACCGCGUCUUCAAACUCAGAAGAACAGGCAUACCUUGAUUUAUGUUCUAGAAUCAUCGCACAGGGUGAGCAUCGUCCUGAUAGAACAGGAACAGGUACCAAGUCACUCUUUGCCCCUCCUCAAUUGAGAUUUGAUUUAUCCAAUGACACCUUCCCAUUAUUAACCACUAAAAGAGUAUUUAGCAAAGGAGUCAUCCAUGAACUUCUUUGGUUCGUCAAGGGCUCAACAGACGCGUCUCUCUUGAGUGAGAAAGGUGUCAAAAUUUGGGAAGGUAAUGGGUCAAGACAAUUCCUCGAUUCCUUAGGACUUCAUGAUCGUCGGGAAGGAGACUUGGGUCCUGUUUAUGGUUUCCAAUGGAGACAUUUUGGAGCAGAAUACAAAGAUUGUGAUACUGAUUAUAGUGGGAAAGGUGUCGAUCAAUUAGCAGAUGUUAUUAAGAAAUUGAAAACCAAUCCUCAUGAUAGAAGAAUCAUUAUGUCUGCAUGGAAUCCACCAGAUUUCCCCAAAAUGGCUUUACCUCCAUGUCAUGUCUUUUGUCAAUUCUAUGUCAAUUUCCCCAAUGAUUUACCUGAUUCCAAUACCGGGAAGCAAGCUAAAACGACUUUGAAACCAAAACUAUCAUGCUUAUUGUAUCAGAGAUCCUGUGAUAUGGGUUUAGGAGUACCCUUUAAUAUUGCAUCCUAUGCCUUAUUAACAAAGAUGAUUGCACAUGUGGUUGAUAUGGAUUGUGGAGAAUUCAUCCACACUUUAGGUGAUACUCAUGUAUAUUUGGACCACAUUGAAGCAUUGCAAGAACAAAUCAAUAGAACUCCUAGACAAUUCCCAAAGUUAACCAUAAAGGAAGAAAGGAAAGAUCAAAUCAAAUCAAUAGAUGAUUUCAAGUAUGAGGAUUUCGAAAUAUCGGAUUAUAAUCCUUAUCCACCUAUCAAGAUGAAAAUGAGUGUAUAA